AGCAACCAUCACAUCGUGCAGCAUGUCCUCUCCAUCGCCCAACCUGCCCAAACCCAACUUCCUUUCAAACCACACUGUCACCCUCCCCCUCCCUCUGCACCAAACAUUAUCGAUCCUCGGAACUUCAGAAGGGCACGAGCGCAUCUGUCGUCUUUGCAAGGUCGUCACGGGCGUUGUACUCCUCCAGCAGGACACGGUGUACACUGGCCCAGGUGGGCUGGGCGACGGAACGCGGUUUCGUACUUUGGAUCCUAGUGCUGCACCUGCGCUUGCAGCUGGAGAUAAUCGUGAUCAUGGAUUUGGAGGAAAAGAAGUACACAGACAACACUUCACAAUGACCGAAACCGUGCCUCUCUUAUUUGGUCUCAUCAAGUCUCAUGUUCGGCUCACGGGGACGUAUUGCUGGGCUGAGUUCGAGGAGGGUGCGACCAGUGCUUAUACGGUGCAUGAGACCAUCGCGGACGGUGUUGGGAUUACAAUAUGGAAGUUGAGGCUCCUUGAGGAGGUUGAGGUCGAUCCUGGGGAAGGGCAGGAAAAGGUGAAGGGGACGAGGGUGACGGAGAGGAUUGAGGGUUGGGCACCGGCGUGGGCGAGGCCUAUUUUCCACAUGGCGACCAUGUAG